GUUGCAUAACUCGCCUGUAGAUAUUCCAGCUCCAUAUCAAUACUUGUAUGUCACACAAUUAUAAUUAUCAAAAUAAAAAUAGGCAUGUGGGUGCAGCUGCUAGGUGGUCUUGUGGUUUACAAAGUGGUUAAGGGCUUCUUUUACGACGACCACGUUGAGGACGACCGAAUCUCUGAUUUCAAUGCCCUCUUUUCCGUAGCACGAAGACUUGAGAAGCUUUAUGGUGGUAAGGCUUAUGUUGGGCUUCAAAUUCCUGAUGCUGACACUGCUACUCGACAAACUAUUGAUAUACUUCUCAUCACACAAUGGGAAGCAGUGGUGAUCUGUGUAAAGAAUAUCUCGGGAUUUGUUGCCAUCGAUAAGGAUGGGAACUGGGUUUGCGCUGGAGGCCAUAAACACAAGACCCAACAUCUCUCCGAUCCUAUUGACCGAAAUCCUUGCCCUUGCACUUGCUACUCAUGCAGCCUGUAGAUUUCUAGAGUUAAAUUGCUAAAUGUCAGUACAAAAGUAAAUCUAUUUAGUUACUUGUACACGCUAUUGUUGCCUCCUUUUUUGUCAAUACUUUGUGAAUGAUCUUAGGCAGAGAUAUCUAUGGUGGCUAAUGAGGAAUUUUGAUCUAUUAUGAGAAAGUCAUUUACUUGUGUUUCAACUUUGGUUUUCCUUGAAGAACUUCAUACCAACGACGUAUCUUAAAAAAAUUGACCAAUUAUCAUAAACCUGACUAUGGAUCUUAUCCCCAACUUCUCUUUUUCUAAUGUUUCAUAGUCACUUGUAAAUGUUGUCAACUUUAGUUAUGUCUAAGUUUUAUAUGUUAGCUGAUCUAUUUAGCAGUUUUUUUGUGGUCUAAAUGUUGUCACUUGUAAAUUGUCGUUCAUUUUUCACUAGUGCAUGCUGCUUAUUCUUGCCAGAUCCAGAAGUUUUUGAAAGGAAUGUGUUUAUUUUCUCCUUGUCAAAAUGUGUGUCGACUACUUAAAGCUUUUAACCUGCAGUGGUGUAGGAGUAGGUUGUAUGUGGAUGUUGCUAGGAUGUUGAUUAGUGAAAGCUUCGUUUGUCUGGGAAACAAGAUUAGUUAUGCUGCAAAGUAAAGCUUCAGCAAACUUUCAGUUUUAGGAAAUAAAAAUGAGUCAGCACCCUUUUUUUACCCAACCCGUUUUUUACCCGUAUUAAAUAUGGGAGGGUUGUAAACCCACCCGUUUUAUUCAACCCAUUUUCAACCUGCCCAAAUCCGACCCAACCCGCCCAUUUGUUACCA